UUUGUGCAGGUUUGAAACGGGAGUGUACUCUGGAAAACGUCGCUCAUUUCUACUACAGUGAGCAGACCACUGGAGCCACACACGACACUGUCGGAUGGACGCUACUCAAACACCGGGGGAGGACAAUGCAAUAUAAAUGUCUUCACAGAAGUCUGCACAGAGCACGGUGACUAUCUGUUGAGUGAUGAUGACUUCCUUUCAGAACAACUUUUGGGGGGAGAAGAAUGCAGGCUUUGACGUGCUUUACCACAACAUGAAGCAUGGCCAGCUGGCAACCAAGGAACUCGCUGAGUUUGUACGGGAGAGAGCUGCCAUCGAGGAAACCUACUCCAAAUCCAUGGGCAAACUGGCUAAAAUGGCCAGCAAUGGAAGCCCACAAGGGACGUUUGCACCAAUGUGGGAUGUGUUCAGGGUGUCUUCUGACAAACUGGCUCUCUGCCAUCUUGAGCUCAUGAGAAAGAUGAAUGAUCUAAUUCGAGACAUAAACAAGUAUGGGGAUGAGCAGGUCAAAAUUCAUCGCAAGACAAAGGAGGAAAUGGUGGGGACCGUUGAGGCUGUGCAGGCGCUGCAAGUUCAGAGCGGGCACCUUCAGAAGUCCAAAGAGGGUUACCAUACCAAAUGUUUAGAGCUGGAGCGGCUCAGGAAGGAGGGAGCCCCACAAAAGGAACAGGAAAAGGCGGAGCUAAAGUCGAAGAAAGCAGCGGAAUCGUUUGCACUGUGCAUUGAAAAGCACAAUCGAGUGGGAGGAGAGUUUGAACAGAAGAUGAACGAGUCUGCUCAGAGGUUUCAGGAAAUUGAGGAGGCCCAUUUGCAACAGAUGAAACAGUUAAUUAAAGGUUAUUCCCACUCCAUAGAAGAUACUCAUGUACAAGUUGGGCAGGUACAUGAGGAAUUCAAGCAAAAUGUAGAAAACAUUGGCAUCAAUAACCUCAUACAGAAAUUUGCUGAACUGAAGGGAACCGGGAAGGAGAGGCCAGCUGUAGUUGGUUUUGAAGAGUACAUAACAGCAACAGCACCUGAGGGUGGGAAGAAGAGUCGGGCAAAAGCCUUCAGGAUCCCCGGACUGGGCAAGAGGGACAAGGAACCAGACUCCACGGAUUCUGCUGUGACAGAGAUACCGAAUUCACCCUUUGAUGUUGAUGAAGAAGGAUUUGUCAUCCGAGCUGACAGCAAUCAAAAUGGUUGCUCUAAAGAGAAGGACACAAAUUUCUACUCCAGUGACUCAGAUUUUGAUGAUGAUGAACCCAAGAAGUUCCAAAUCCAGAUCAGACCCGUGGUCAACAGCAACCGCAGCUGUGCCGCUGCUUGUGAGAAGGAGCUGAAAGCUACUGUUGGAACUCUAACCCUGCCACCUAACAGAGGGGGAAAUGUCAAAAGGCAUCUUUCUCGAAACUCGAGUACAGGUGGGCGUACGGAUGAUGAAGGCACUUCCCCUAAAGAUGGUGACCAGGAGGGCCUGCGCAGGUCAACUUCCAGUCCUGAUCACAGCAGGUUGAGUUCUACCGCGUCCGGUUCCGAGAGUCUCUUUGGACCACCUCUUGAAACAGCUUUUAAGUUCAAAAGCUUUAGUGGUCGGGAGCACCUCCAAGAACAGAGAUCCUUUGGUGCUUCUGAAUAUGCUGCCUUCUCAUCAGACUCUUCCUCGCCUGAGAACAUAGAGGACUCCGGUUUAGACUCACCGUCCCUUCAGCCACUUGGCCCCUCCCCCGAGCCCAUGGGCUGGGCGGCGUGGCCUCCGGUUUCACAAGUCAUAGAACAGCCACAGACACGAGGCCAAUCGGUUGACCAAUUCCUCUCAGUCUUCCGUGACCCCUCCCCUGCUCAAAGUCCUCAUCCGCAGGAUGACCAUGUGAGCGGCUGGUCCAUGGGCUCCUCCCGUUCCUCUCGACUCCCAUCAGACAUGGAAUCCUCUUCCUGCACGCGCUUUCCCGCUUCCCAGCAGUCUUUCCCCUCUUCUCAGAUGGAAUCAACGGUGUGGAACUGCAGACGUCUUCCCGAUGAUUCCUUCUUUGCUACUUCUGACAGGAAGAUGACACAGGAGACCUUAAACUUAGCUGACGCCUGGCCACGCCAGCGUUCACGCCCACCCAAGGAAGGACGAGGGACAGGGGUGCAGUGGGACCCGUUCUCCAUCCCUGGCGCUGACACCGCGACGCUCCCACCCCCUUCAUCCUCCUCUUCCUCAUCCGCCUCAUCGAAUCGUAAAAACAGAGACAGAAAACGAGACCGAAGCCUUCCGCCGCCGGUUUCUUCUGAUGACCCGUUUGCAAUCACCAUGAUUGGCAGUCCCACCCACCAGUCAUCACUGACCGCAGCAGGAGGAAUAAUUCCACGUAGCAGUAGUAGCGGCACCAACAACAAUAGGCUCGCAUUUGAUAAAGUCCCAGGAUCUUUUGCUCAAGCCCAGCCAAAGAAAGAUCUUGUGCAUUGGAAUUCUGUACAUAACCCGUUUAGCGAGGGCUCCUCUGGACAGGCAGGACAGCCAAGCAGUUCCAAACCAAGUGACGGAGAUUUAGGAAAGGGAGAUUCUGUAGGAGAGAGAAGAAAACAACGAUCAUCAGAGAGCGAACCUCGCAGAAACGCUCCCCCCCUCACGAGACAUUCUGGCCCUCAGGAGGAUCUUUGUUUCUCCACGGACAAAGACCAAGACUGUCUGGACAUCAGCACCCCGCUGCCAUGCAGUAGCGUCUCUCAGAAGGGUACCAAACACAACUUUCAACACGAAUCGGCUGGCGUGGUCACGGCUGCGCUAUCCAGGUCAAACAGGACCAAGAGGAGUUCAGGUCGACUCGGCGGCACUGACAGGUCACGGUCGCUGUGCUCCUCGCCUUUGCCAGAGCCCAGCCCCUCCCUCACCUCCUCAUCGUCCUCCAGCCCCAGUGAAUGGGGGCCUCAAUUCAGGGACAUUGAAUGGGGAGGUCAGAACCGUGUCCCCAGCCCUGCCAGGGUGGGACAAGCCUCGCCUUUGCCCUACCAGCUCCAGGAACACCCACCAAGACAAUUGCACCUCUCCCGAGGCCCCAGUCCUCUUUCCCUCAGCAACCAAGAAGCUUGGCCUGUGGCAGCGGCCAUCACCGAGUACAUCAACGCUUACUUCAAGGGCGGACAACACAAUCAGUGUCUUGUGAAGAUCACAGGCGACCUGACCAUGUCCUUCCCAGCAGGCAUCACCCGCAUUUUCACAGCAAGCCCCAACGUCCCUGUGCUCAGCUUCAGAUUGGUCAACAUUUCCAGAAUAGACCACUUCUUACCCAAUCAGAAGCUUCUCUUCAGUGAUCCGUCUCAGAGCGACCCGGAUGCCCGAGACUUCUGGUUCAACAUGCAGGCCCUGCAGGUCUACUUGCAGCGGGAAGCUGAAAUCAACCCCCAGGCCUCUUACUACAACAUUGGACUGCUCAAGUAUCAGAUGUCAUCUCAGGACCCGGCCCGUGCUCCUCUUUUGCUGUCGGCCGAGUGCCAGCGCAGUGGCACAGUGACCCGGGUGUCCCUGGACUACCAUUGCUGUCCCGUCACGGCGCCGUUCACUCAGCUCACCGCCGUCCAAGUGCUGCUGCAAUUGGACCACACCGCGGCCGACCUGCAGUGUCAGCCACCCGCCUCCUGGAACGCCCAGGAAAGACGUCUGCUGUGGAAGCUCGCCAACCUCUCGCCCACCAACCACAGCAAAGGCUCGGGGACCCUGUGUGCCAGCUGGCAGUGUUCUGAGGUCCCCCGAGGCCCUCCGCCCGGUCUGGCCGUUCAGUUCAUGGGCUCGGGGGCCUCUCUGUCGGGCAUGGACGUGGCGCUGGUCGGCAGCCACUACCGCAUGUCGCUUGUCAAGAAGAGAUUUGCAACAGGAAAGUAUAUGGCAGGCUGCACCUUGUGAACACAAGGUGGACCAUCGUUGGGAGGUUCGGAGAAGUUUGCGGCUUGGAUGUAACAGUUUGCCAAGGACCACAAGCACUUAAGUUGUGACAAGUCUAUAUGCUGCUAUGGUUAGGACCAAGUCUUUCACUUGUGUGUUGUGUCCUCUUUUCCUGGAACAAAGUUACUUGUUUUCUCCCGUUGUACUACUGGACUAUCAACUAAACUAAAUGUUACAGCUGA